AUGGAAACAGACCUAUACAAGUUGUUGAAGACGCAGAAGCUGUCCAAUGAUCACAUAUGCUACUUCCUGUACCAAAUCCUUCGCGGUCUGAAAUACAUACACUCGGCCAACGUGUUGCACCGUGAUCUAAAGCCAUCAAAUCUACUCCUUAACACGACGUGCGACUUGAAGAUCUGUGAUUUUGGUUUGGCUCGGGUGGCGGAUCCAGAGCACGAUCACACCGGAUUUUUGACGGAAUACGUCGCAACAAGGUGGUACAGGGCUCCCGAGAUCAUGCUGAACUCCAAGGGCUACACGAAAAGCAUAGAUAUCUGGUCGGUGGGUUGCAUCUUGGGCGAGAUGCUGAACAGCCGUCCGCUCUUCCCCGGCAAACACUAUCUGGACCAAUUGAAUUUGAUUUUGGCCGUCGUCGGUUCGCCGAGCGAAGAAGACCUGCAGUGCAUCGUAAACGAGAAGGCGCGCAACUAUCUCAUCUCCCUGCCUCCGAAGACGAAAAUGCCCUGGAACCGUAUCUACCCUCACGCAGACCCCAAUGCUCUGGAUUUGCUUGACAAGAUGCUCACGUUUAACCCGAAUAAACGCAUCACGGUCGAGGAAUCUCUUGCUCAUCCGUACUUGGAACCGUACUACGAUCCGGCGGACGAGCCUUGCUGUGAAGAGCCUUUCAAGUAUGAGAUGGAAUUGGACGAUUUGCCCAAGGAAGAACUGAAGCAAUUGAUAUUUAACGAGACACAGGAGUUUCAUCGAAAACACAAGCACAACAUCGAGACUACCAAAACGUGA